GUGUCGAAUCUGCCGUACUCGGUCGCAGUCCGCAGAGCAAGAUGGCGGCCCCUACAAAACAAUAUGGGCUGAUCUUGCCGCAGAAGAAGGGACUGUCAAAGACAGCAGCUCUGCAGAAACCCUCAGUGUUUGGGGAUGACUCAGAUGAGGAGACCUCAGUUGGGGAGAGUCUGAAGAGAGAAGCCAUCAAGAAGAAGAUGAUGAAGCAGACACGCCUGGAGAUGCAGAAGGCUCUGGAACAAGACAGCACUGUGUAUGACUACGAUGCUGUGUACGAUGACAUUCAAAAACAAAGACUUGAGAGCAACAAAAAAGUUCUGGGAGGUGCUGACAAAAGGCCAAAAUACAUCCACCAGCUGAUGAAAGCAGUCGAGGACCGAAAGAAAGAACAGGAACGGAGAGAAGAGCGGAAAAUUCAGAAGGAAAGAGAGGCAGAAGGAGAGAAGUUUGCUGAUAAAGAGGCUUACGUUACAUCUGCUUAUAAGCAAAAACUUCAGGAGCAGAAGGAGGAGCAGGAGAGGGAAAAAAGAAUCGCUGAGAUGGAAGCUGCUUUGGAUGUGAAGAAACAGAAAGACCUGAGCGGCUUCUAUCGACACCUGCUGAAUCAGACUGUAGGAGAGGAGGCGAUACCGGAUCGCUCUGUGAAAACUGAAACCCCGAAGGUUUCAAAAGACUCCGAGAGGACUUCGCCCGUUCCCUCCCCGACGUCGCACGACAACAUCCCAAGUUCGUGCAGUGACAGCGAGGAGGGGCAAAAGUCUGGGUUCAGCAAGCCUGCAGGGGGCUCUGCACACUCGAAGCGCCAGUACAGGCAGAGGUCGCCAUCAUCGGGGAGCGGAGAGGAAAAGGAAAAGGAAAAAGAGAGGGAGCGAGACAAGCAUAAGAAGAGCCACAGAGACCAAGACAGAGACAGAGACAGAGGGAGGGACAGAGAUAGAGAAAGAGACAGAGACAGAGACAGAGAAAGGGACAGAAACAGAGGAAGGGAACGGGAUGACAGACACGGGGAAAGGAGAAGUGACAGGGACAGAAGGAAGGACAGAGACAGAGAUCGAGGCAGAGACGAUGACAGAGGCAGGGGCAGGGGGGACGCAGAGAGGGAAGACAGACACGGUAAGAGGGACAGGAGCCCCAGAGAGAGAGAGCGGGAUAAGAAUGGGGAAAGGGAGAAGAGGAAUCCUAACGAAGAGAGGCGGAAGGACAGGCACCCAGAGGAAGAGAGGGAGCAAAAGAAAGAACCCCAGAAGGAGAAGGCAGUGAAGAAGGAAGAAAAAGAUCCAGAAACGAAGGAAGCAGUCGUGGUAGAAAGAAAGGACAAAGAAGAUGAACAGAAUAAGGAAGGUGAGGAGAAAGAGGGAGCGGAGGAGAGGGCGAACAAGUUCGCAAAGCGCAGCACGGAUCAGGCCGUGAGUUCGGCAAGAGACAGGUACAUGGCCAGACAGAUAGCACGCUCUGCAUGUAAGAGCUACAUCGAGAAAGAGGAGGACUAAGAGCUGUCCAGCACACAACGAAUACAUACCUGAAUUGCACUCAACCCAUUGUCUCAGUUGAAUGAAUAACAUUAAUGCAUUUUUGUUUUGUUAUUUUUCUUGAAUAAAUCCCAUGGAAAGACAAAAACCAAAAA